AUGACCGACUACGCACAAUUCCAACAGUCUCACCAUGGGCAUGCCCCCGGACACCUGCAAAACUAUGGUGGAGCACCAAACCCCGCCGCGGGAAACCCAUCAAUAACUUCUCCGACACAACAACAGAUGCAGUAUCAACAAACGUCACCAAUACUUCCGUCACAAGGCUACAAUCAUGGCGGCGCACCAAAUCCACAGCACCAUCAGCAAAUGGGCUAUGCACAGCAAGGAUACAUUCCAAACAUGCACCAACAGUACAUGUCACCAACGCAAGCAGCUGCUAUGGCGACAGCAGCCGCAGCAGGUCCAGCGGCGGGAUACUAUGACCAAAAUGCGAUUCCAGGACAGCUGGCACAGGACCCGAGGGCCUCACCACGUAUGUCUGGGGGACCAAUGAAGGGUGACGGACGCGUCGCCCCUCGAUCGCCCACUGCUGUUUCCAAUGCCAUGAACAGCGCGCUCCCAUCGCAGGUUCAGAUGACCCCAGGUCAAGCAAUGCAGCAGCGGCGGAUGAGUACUCAGAUCAGCAGCCCGGCGAUGCAACAGCCACAGCCCGUCAUGAGCCACGUUGGCCCCAGACCAUCCGUUCCGCCACAGAUGACUCAACAACCACCUCAGCAUCAGCAAUCCCCUGAACUAGUAUCCGGUGCGCAAGCAGAGGAGGCACCUCUCUAUGUCAACGCCAAGCAAUUCCAUCGCAUCCUGAAGAGGCGUCUCGCAAGACAGAAGCUUGAAGACGCUCUACGACUGACCUCCAAGGGACGGAAGCCAUACUUGCACGAAUCUAGACAUAACCAUGCCAUGCGUCGCCCACGUGGGCCUGGUGGUCGAUUCUUGACCGCUGAAGAGGUGGCUGCUAUGGACGCUCAGAAGGGUGGCGAGGCUGAAGACGGCAACAAGGAAAAUGCCUCCUUGCCCAUAAAAGCGACUACCAGCUCUGGACCCAAAAGAAAGGCAUCUACCACCCAUCUGAAAGGAACACCCAACAACAAGAAGAACAAGGCAGGUGUUGCGCAACGGCAAAGCACAAGUGAGGAGGAUGAGGACGAGGAAGACGAUGAUGCUGAAGAUGAUGGUUGA